AUGGUCCAUACAAGUUUUCUACAUAAGGACACAAAGUAUAUUAACAAUUUAGUCUAUAAAGCUCCGCGUUACGCUUUCAAAUCUAGCUUUCCAUUGCAAAAUAGAACUACAAAAAAGGUUAAAACUUCUUUAGAAUUAUCUUUCCUGCGCUUUUUGUCUCAAAACAAAUUAGAAGUUGAUAAAUACUCAAAAAAAGUUGAGGUACUUUUGCCGUUUAGUAAUUCCAGAAAUUCUUUAAACAAAAAUUUCUAUAGCCGAAGUUUAGAGAGCCAUGGUAGUAGGUAUCGCCUUUUGUCCUUUUUUAAAUAUUACAACAUAGAGGAAGCUUCCCUCCUGCAAAAAGUGGUAAAAUUGCAGAAACUCUUGCAAUCUCUUUUUGGCAUUUUAGGAACUGCUAUUUUUUCUCCGGAAGGAUUGAACGCGCAGUUUUUGGUUCACAGUAAAAGUUUACAUAUAUUUGAACGCUGUAUACGCGAAUUUGACGAUGAUCUAAGAGAUGUUCAGUUUAACUUCCAGGAUCAAGUAACUCUGCCUCAUUCGGACGAGGAGAACAUCAGUCAGCUCCCGCGAGGGCUGCUUAAAGAAAUGAACUCACCGUUUUUGAAGUUGAAAGUAUUCUCACGUGACCAACUGGUCCGCGACGGGCUCGACAGGAAGCUUAGCGACCGCGUGUUGUCCUCCUCUGGGGUAUUGGGGGUCCAUCUUUCCCCGGCGCAGUGGCACAAUUUGUUGAAGUCCGGGAGCCCGCUAGUUUUGGACUGUAGAAACUUUUACGAGAGCAAUGCUGGGUGUUUUAUAAAUGCCGUUCCCCUACAAACCUCCUUUUUUUCCCAGUCGUGGCCUAAACUCGACUUGAUUCUUCAGCACGUACCAAAAAAUCAAGUUAUUAUGACCUAUUGCACAGGUGGCAUUCGCUGCGUUAAGGUCGACGCCUACUUGCAAGCGAAGGGCUAUCGCAACACGUACAUGCUUCAUCAUGGCAUCCAUGGUUAUAAAAGCUUCUUAAGGGAAGAAUACUUUAAAAAGAACAAGACGGAGAGUUUGUUUUCCGGCGAACUUUGGGUGUUUGAUCGAAGAACAACUAUAAUGUUAACGAAUUUUAGUCAUUAAGGAAAGAUAAAGAGAACUUAAGAGUGCUUACAUAA